AUGGGUGUCCCGGGUCUGAGGGUGCAGAUCGCAUCCUACAAUGCCAACCUCGCUGGAGCCGAGACGACUCGCCACGAUCUCACACCAUGGCUCAUCCCAACUGCAGAGCAGAAACCUCUCGCUCCUAGAUCCUCCAAGCCAGUCACCAACCACACCGUUCUAGAAGCAGACGCCUACAAGUCGGUCAACACUAAGACGCUCUCGACGCAUCCCUCGUUAUCGCGCGAAGCACCCGACUUCUACGCUGUGGGCUUUCAGGAGCUCAUCCCGCUGCACACAGGUCUGUCUGGAUCGGGCGACACCGCGCUAUACAACACGGACCUCGACAUCCGUAGAACUAUUCGUCCUCAUCAGGCUGUGGUAUCCGGCAAGGGUCUGUACGCCAGUCAGGAGGAAGGAGGCGGUCCAGAAGGAUACCCGCUGUUGUGCAAGGUGGAUCUGGUCGGCAUCGCCCUCUUCGUAUACGCGCGUGAGCGACCAGCAUUCUCCAUCUCGAGAUCCACAUCCAGCAAAGCCAAGAGCGCCGCACACCGCGUCAAGGAGAUCCGCACCGCUACGGUCGGCACAGGCAUAGCAGGCGUGAUGGGCAACAAAGGCGCCGUCGGAGCGCGCAUCGUCGUCGCUGCCGCAGACGGCAAGGGCCCAGACGAGAUCCUCACCUUCAUCAGCGCGCAUCUCGCCGCUCACGAUCACAAUGUGCCGCGCCGAAACGCCGACUGGAAGCAGAUCGUACAGCGCAUGGUAUUCGAGCCUUCGUCCGUGCAGAAGCUGCCCAUCCUGCAGGAUCCCAAGCAGAAAGUCAACCCCAACGACCUGGAUGCGCUCAAGGAGCAGCACGAGAGCGCCACCUCAGACAAGGGUAGGAAGGCAACUGCGCUCGAUAAGAAGAGCUACACGGUGUACGACACAACACAUCUGUUUGUGUUCGGUGAUCUCAAUCAUCGGCUUGCGCUGGGCAAGAGCGAGCUUCCGUCGAGCGAAAAGCAGGGCGGCGAGCUCACGAAGGAGUCGCUGGCCAAGGCACUCGAGGAAGGCGACUGGUCCUUCCUCUCGCAGUACGAUCAGUUGAGCUACCAACGUCUCGCAUCGGAGCUGAAAGCCUUCCACGGCUUGACAGAGCUGCCGAUCUCCGAAGCGGGGAUCCCACCGACGUACAAGUACAUCGUCUCGCGCCCUGGCAAGCAGACCAAGAAGAAGAACGCCGGUAUCACCUCCGAGGCUCUCGAAGGACAGACGUUGAGCAAGAAGCGCAUCCCAGGUUGGACCGAUCGCAUUCUCUGGGCGUCUGCCCCGUCGAAAGACGCCAACUCGGCGCACGGCGUCGAGGUCGAAUUCUAUCGCAGCAUCACGCAGUACACCCACUCGGACCACAAACCCAUCACCACGCUGCUCCGACUUCCACCGGCCCAGGGAGGCGAGGUCAAGCUGCUCUCGUCGUCCAACCCGUACGAGCCGCUGUCGUCGACUCAACGGGCCGUCCUGACGACUGGCGGAGUGGUGCUGGAUAGACUGGUGGGGUAUGUUUGGAGUUUGUUGUUGCUGGCAGGCGGAGGAAGCCUCGCAGGUGGACUCAUCGAGGUCUUUGUCAUCGGUCUUAUCACUGCUUGGUGGUUCUCGCAGCCACGAAAGUAG